AUGCUGAAAGGAACACAAGGGCUUAUUUCUGAACAUGUUAUCCGAGAGGUACUUGAAUUUGGUGAUGCAUCUGCAUUCCUAAUUGAGUACUCUGUUGAUCAAGUCAAGGAAGUUCUGGCGAAGAUGUGUUAUGAUGGAACCUAUCCUCCUACUAUUAAGAAGCUGCUGCCACCUUACGGGAAGUUCCUGGUACACUCCUUUGUGAUUGGCAUUUCUGGAAGAAAGGGGGGCUCUGAUGAAAUUAUUCCUGUUGAUAUUGAACCUCCAUCUAGUAGUAAUCUAGAAGACUCCGCCCACACUUUUCUCCUAAGGAAGCGUAAAAGAAGAGAUCUAAGACCAAGGGAGCUUAUCACAUACUCCAUUCAAAAGAAAUCUACACCGAUUGAGCCUGAUUCUAUGGCCCAAAACAUACCAAGCUCAUUUACUGAGACAUCUCCAGUGACUCACAAAAUGUCAAGCCUAUUCACCGAAUCCAUUCCUAUGUAUCAGGAUUUUGAAAGCCCAAUUGCUGAAGAAGAAGUCAUACCUUCGGAAGGAGCUCACGCUUCAAGAAGCUCAUUUGAAACACCUGAGCUGGACAUCUCCAAAGGCAAAAGCAAGCUGCCUGAAUCUGAAUUGGUUGAUGUGGUUCUGCUUCAAAACAGAGUCUAUGAUCUGGAACAAAGUUCUGCGGAAACAUAUUUGAUUAUUGGAAAGCAUGACAUUCAAAUCAGCGAGCUUGAAAAGGAGAACUCCAUUAAAGAUUCAAAUAUCUCAGAACUUAAAGCAAAUCUUGGUGGUGUAACUGCUCUAUUCUUUGACUUGAAACAAUGCCUAUUUCAAAAGUUUGGUGAUGAAUUUCAACCUUUGAGCAGUGAGGGAGAAAAGAUCACUGCUUCUAGUUCUAGUCCCGCUAAUCCAACUUCGCAAUCUUCAAGUGAAAGAGCUGUAAGACCUUCUCCAGAUGCUAACCUUGAUUCAUUUUUAUCUUCUGGUCCUGAUUUUGCUCAAGAAAGAAGAGAUGAAUUUUAA